GAGGAACCUUGACGAUAGCCAAACUCUGGUCGGGGAGUAUCGUUACCCUAGCAACGACGCGAGCCCAGCGCGACGGAAGGUGCUGAGAGGCUGACAAAGGAAGGGCUUCCGGCGGAAGUGGGUUCUCCUUCACUGUGAGCUGGAGAAGAUGCUUCGUCCCGUAGGGUGGUGGCUCAGUCUCGGAUUGUGCAGCCUCCUGCUAGGGCAGGCGGAGGCCCCGAGCCCGGUGGAACCGCCGGAACGGAGCAGGCCGUAUGCAGUGCUACGUGGGCAGAACCUGGUGUUGAUGGGAACCAUUUUCAGCAUCCUGCUGGUGACCAUGAUCCUUAUGGCAUUUUGCGUCUACAAGCCCAUUCGGCGUCGGUGACAGUGAGAAACCAAGUCCUUCCACAAGUAUUUGGUAAAGAAUAAGUUGCAUUGUGCAUGGAUCAGUGGAGAAGCUGGAAUCAGAAGUUUACUGCUUGGAAAUGAUUUUUGUCUGGACACUUGGUAAACGCUGAAUGAUUUAGAAAAAACAUCUAGCUGUUUUCUUUCUAACACUGUAAUGCAAGUAUUUGGCCACUGAGUCUGCUUCUCAGUGUUUCUUUUUCUAUAUGGCUCUGCUUGUUAAAAGUAAGACCUGAAGCUCCAAGGUUCAGUGUAAAGAUGGCAUGCUGUCGAGAAAGACAACUUUGUGAGUGAUGUAAAAACCACACUGGAAAGGACUGAUCGUUAAUGUUUGAAAAUACGAAGGAGAGGACGACUUAACUUGUCGACCUGCCCAACUUAAGACCCAUUCAACCACAGUGGUUUAAGAAUCAUAAAUGUUUUUAAUUGUCCUGAGUUGCGUGGGCCUAGAGUGCCGUUUGCAAAGCAAUGUCAUUUGUGGGGAAUGUAGGCCGCCACUCCUCAUGCUGCAGGGAGCUCUGCAUUCAGAUGACUCCACUGAAGUCAAGGUCACACCAGGUAGGCCUAGGACCACGGGCAGUCUUGGGCUGCAAGGUUCUGGGGUUGGACUGGAAGUGUUAGCAGUUGGUCUAUCUGAAAAAGAACUGAUCCUGCACUUAAGUCUUUCCAGCCCAUGCCCUAGACAUCCUGGCAGCCUUUCUGAUUUGGAGUCCACAAGAGGCUCAGCAGGAGUUCUUUUCAGCCCUGGGUGGGGAGAAUGCAACAGAAGUACCAAGUCGUGUUCACUGUACGAGGCAGAGUGGCAGGCUGAGUGUGUGUUUACACAAAUUUAAUUUCAACUUUGAAAAUGCUGCUAUUUGUUUGUACUGUUGGUGAACUGGAUAUCUCCCCGCUCCCCACAGAACUAGUAUUUUCGUACUUAACAGUAUUUAUUUUAAAGCUGCUGGGUUUAACUUUGUUGUUAAAUUAAAAUGUGCCGUAUCUUGUUUGUGCUCCAUUCAAGCACAGCACUGUUUUUUGUUUGUUAUUUUUAACAACCUGCACUUAAUGUGAAAUAACUUAUGCGGGAUGCUGUAACUGUUUGACUGAAGGAUUUUGUUUGUAACCCUAACACUGAGCCACUGAAAUAUUGUUUUGUGCUUUUGAGCAAAAUGUGAAUUAAAACUAAAGUAAAAUCUUA